CCUCGGAUCUCCAGUUUCCCUCUAGUCCUUUCCCCUUCGCAGCGCCGUCACUGAACCGCCGCCUCCCCUCCUCCCCAUGGACACUCCGCCGUUCUCCGCCUCGCCGGCGGCCGCUUCCGACCCGGACUCCGCGCUCGUCGCGUCCGUGGCGGACGCGCUCGUAUCGGCGUCCCGCCUGCCCGCGCCGCCGCCCAUGCCCACCCUACUAGCCGCCUACCUCCCGCGCCUCACCGCCUCCCACCACCCUCGCGUGCUCUCCCUCGCCGCCUCCAACCCGGCGCUCGCCUCGCCGGAGCCGCUCCUCGCCUACCGCAGCCUCGUCUCGCCGCCCUCCUGCCUCCCCUCCCUCCUCCCGCUCCUCCCCGUCCUCCCCUACCGCCACCUCUCCCCGCUGCUCCUCUCCUUCCUCCCGCUCGACCCGCUCCGCCACCUCCACCGCCACCUCCUCGGCAUCAAUCUCACCUCGACCCCGCUCGCCGACGCCGCGCUCUCCGCCUACUCCCGCCUCCGCCUCCCGCACCUCGCCGCGCAGCUCCUCCACUCCCUCCGCCGCCGCGGCCACGUGCGCCCCUCCCUUCAGGCCGCCAACGCCGUCCUCUCCGCGCUCGCGCGCAGCCUCUCCACCUCGCCGCAGGCCUCCCUCGACGCCUUCCGCUCCCUCGUCGCGCUCCGCCUCCACCCAAACCACUACACCUUCAACCUCCUCGUGCACACCCACUGCUCCAAGGGCACCCUCGCCGACGCCCUCGCCACGCUCUCCACCAUGCAGGGCUUCGGCCUCUCCCCCGACGCCGUCACCUACAACACGCUCCUCCACGCGCACUGCCGCAAGGGCAUGCUCGGCGACGCCAGGGCGCUCCUCGCCAGAAUGAAGAAAGAGGGGAUCGCGCCCACACAGCCAACCUACAAUACCCUCGUGUCGGCUUACGCGAGGCUCGGGUGGAUCAAGCAGGCCACCAAGGUCGUGGAGGCCAUGACAGCCAACGGCUUUGAGCCGGACCUGUGGACGUACAAUGUGCUCACCGCCGGGUUAUGCCAGGCGGGGAAGGUGGACGAGGCGUUUAAGCUCAAGCAUGAGAUGGAGCGGCUUGGAACUUUGUUCCCAGAUGUUGUGACCUACAAUACACUCGCUGAUGCGUGCUUCAAGUUUCGGCGCUCGUCUGAUGCACUAAAGCUGCUUGAGGAAAUGCGUGACAAGGGGGUGAAGGCGACUUUGGUCACGCAUAACAUUGUUAUCAAGGGCCUUUGCAAGGAUGGAGAGUUGGAGGAGGCGCUGGGGUGUCUGAAGAAGAUGGCAGAAGAUGGUUUAGCGCCAGACGUGAUCACGUACAAUACGUUGAUUGAUGCAUACUGCAAGGCUGGCAAUGCUGCCAAAGCGUAUGCGCUAAUGGAUGAGAUGGUAGGGAGGGGACUCAAAUUGGACACCUUCACACUCAAUACUGUGUUGUACAACCUAUGCAAGGAGAAGCGUUACGAAGAAGCUCAGGUGCUGUUGCAGUCUCCAGCGCAAAGGGGUUUCGUGCCUGAUGAAGUCAGCUAUGGCACAGUGAUGGCAGCCUACUUCAAGGAGUAUAAUCCUGAGCCUGCUCUGCAUCUGUGGGAUGCGAUGAUUGACAGGAAGUUGACGCCAAGCAUUUCAACUUACAACACAUUGAUCAAGGGGCUCAGCAGAAUGGGGAGGUUGAAAGAGGCGAUUGACAAGCUGAAUGAGCUCAUGGAGAAGGGGUUGGUGCCGGAUGAAACCACAUAUAAUAUCAUCAUCCAUGCCUACUGCAAGGAAGGGGAUUUGGAGAAUGCCUUCCAGUUCCACAACAAGAUGGUGGAAAAUUCAUUUAAACCGGAUGUUGUUACCUGCAACACUUUGAUGAAUGGACUGUGUCAGCAGGGAAAGCUUGACAAAGCAUUGAAGCUCUUUCAGUCAUGGGUAGAGAAAGGGAAGAAGGUUGAUGUUAUCACAUACAACACACUAAUUCAAGCUAUGUGCAAAGAUGGGGAUGUUGAUACUGCGUUACAGUUUUUUUCUGAUAUGGAGGUCCGGGAAUUGCAGCCCGAUGCAUUUACUUACAAUGUAGUGUUAUCUGCACUAUCUGAGGCAGGGAGACUAGAAGAAGCGCAGAAUAUGCUGGAUAAGUUAGCUGAGAGUGGAAAAUUGUCUCAAAGCUUUUCUUCUCCCCUCUUGAACUCUCCUCCUCUGGAUAAAACAGAGUCAGUGAAGGAUCUCCAGGUUAAAACUGAGGACGAAACUGGUGGAAAUCCGCAAGAUAGUAUUCUGGAGGACUACACCAAACGCCUAAAUGAGCUAUGCGCCGGUGGGCAAUUGAAAGAAGCUAAGGCCAUUUUGGAUGCGAUGUUGCAAAAGGGAAUGUCUGUUGACAGUUCAACGUAUAUAUCUUUGAUGGAAGGGCUUAUCAAGAGACAGAAAAGGCUAACACAUGCAGCUGGGUAGUACAGACUGUUGAUUUUUGCUGCUUUAUGAUAUGAGUUAGUCAUAACUCUGACAAACUUGAGCUCUUUAUAUCGAUGAGCAUGAUGUACAUAAAAGGGGUAUGUAUGUGAUCCUUGUCUUUUCUAAUUUCACCAUUAGAAUCGUUUCAAUACAAAGUAAAUCCAUUUCAAAAUACAAUCAGUACCAACAAAAUUGUUAUACAGUUUAGAUCAUUUUUUUUCUUUGCUUCGGUAAAUAAAACAGUUUAGAUGUGUUUACAAAAAAAAUCCUGCAUAUAAGAAAAUUUAUAGUUUCUAUAGAAGAAAUAUUUUUAUCUUCAACUGCAAACUCUGGACCAUAAUUGUUGUAUGCUGACCAUCAUUCUUUGCAAAUAUACUUACCCGGUACUUUGGCCAAUAAAAAAAGAUGUGAACUAUAGCAUUUUCUAGGUUACAGCUGCAUCCAUUUCCAUCAAUGAUGUCAACUCUUAAGUGAACCCGGGUGUAAUUGUAGGUGGAAAAGGUAGUUACAGGUUCCAACUUAACUAGUUUAGAUCCCUGGUCUAGUUUUGUGUUACAACCCAAACAUUUGUCCUGUCAUGUGAAAAGUCCACUAUCUAGUUAAUAGUUUAUCUAGACUGAAUUAACAGCGAGACUAUCGCUACAUAAUCAGUUUACUCCAGUUACUUUUUCUUCACCUACCGAAUUCCAUUUUUCAUUUGGAUGUUCCAAUGUUCGAUAUUUGCUUAGAAGAAAAGUAAUCAACAUCCAUUGUUAAUAUGCGAGAAUUUCCCUCCAGAAAAGCUUGAGAAUUUAAUAAACGCAUCAUAGUUUUAACCUGCCAGGCUCAUACCGAAUAAGGAUGAAUACUUUUUUCUGACACAGAAUAAGGAUGAAUAGUUUGUUUCAUGGAAAGAUGGAGCCAUCUUCUGCUCGUUACAUUCUACUUAUAAAGGUCGCGAGACUACCCAGCUGUUGAGGCUGCUCUAAGGGGCAAGUCAACCUUGGUCGUUCGAUCCAGUGAAUCCGUACGUUUUUCACCUCCGUGUUGAUUGUGUGCCCCGCUGUAUAUGUCAUAACCUUUUCUCACUUCUGCUCUGGCUAAAAGAGUCAGUGACGUAUGGGCCCUGUUACGUGUGGGUCCUUAUGUUUAUGGCAGUGAGUCUUUCUUAUUUGCGUCGCCGAUUUGGUGGAAAAGCAAAACACGGUGAAGAAGCUAACACACACAGCGACCAAUUCCCAUCCGUCCUCGAACCCAGCACCCCUCCUGCGUAGUCUUCUUCCUCCGCGCCGCCAGCUCUCCCGCGGCUGCUGCAGCUGAGCAGCUCCUCCCUCAGCCAUCUCCCGUCGCCAUAUCCUCUUCCCACCGGUCUUCACCUCACGUUCUUGCUCGUCUUCUUUGGCUGGCAGCAGCUCCGUGCGAUGCCCACCUCCGCGUCUGCUCAUCCUGGCCAGGGCGAAAUGCAAUGCCGCUGCCCUCGUUGUGGCGCGCGCGAGGAAGAUUAGGGAGAGUGAGGAUGUGGCUAUGGUUAUGGUAGGCAGAAGAAUUUGGUGAUGCCCCGCUUCCUCUCAACUCUGUUCGCCACCGCCGCCCUGACGCUUGUGGCUGAGCUGAUCUUCCUCGUCGGAGUCAGCCUGCUUCCUGCACCGUCUACCCUGUCAGCCAUACUCAAUGCGGAGUAGAUCCGCAUUGUGGGCGGCGGCGGCACUCCCUCCAUGGUUCCACUCCUCCGUCCGCCACCUCGUGCUCCCCAUCUGCAAGCUUCGCCUUGACAUGGUCUACCACAAGGUUCCCCCACCACCACUGUCACUGCCUGCUCGCGAAGGAGCGCCAGAUCCUCACAUCUACCUGGUAAAAUCCUAACCCUAGCUCACGUAAGUUCCGAUCUGACAAUAUGGCCAUGACCAGUGAUCCGUUGCACACUCUGGAGAAUGGAAAUGACGAGGUGGAGUUGAACUCCAAACAAAGCCCAUUGAGAAGGUUGUAGGAUGCUUGGAUUAAGAAGGGUGUUCAUAAGCUGCUUGAUGUGCACAUUGAGAUGGCACAGUUGCUUUGGAGAACGAGUUUUCCUGGUGUGUGCUGGAUGAUUAACGAGGAGGUUUGCAGAAGAAUGCCUUAAAAUGUUGCAAAGGGGCUUAAUUGUUGAUGCUGAGUAUGGAGUUCCACAUAUGGUCAUAUUGUGGCUAUAUCAAAAUAUUCAUGCCCAGAAAGAUCCCUUCAGGUGUUCCUAGGAGGCUCUUCACCCACUUCCUUUGGUUCUCUUCACCCACAUUGGAUAGUACGUAAGAGAGAAUGAAGUAGGUGCACCUGUGAUGCUGGAAACCUCGAGAGUCCGCUCUGCUAAACCGCAGUCUUGACAACCAAGGUGUGUUGGUAUUGUGUAAAAUUGUGUAAAUUAUUCAGUACCAAUUGCCACACAUUUGCACGAAUUGGUGGGGAUACUCGUCAUGAAAUUUACAAUCAUAGUGGACUUAAAUGCUAACAAAGUUACUUCUUUGCAAACUAUACAUUGUUCAUAUAUCAAUACAUUGUUCAUCCAUGAGGGUUCACUUGCCUGAUGGUAUAUUCUCCAGGCUGAGUUUCAUCCAUGAGCAACUGUACAUAGUCUGGUGGAUCUUCUCAUGAAAGUAAUUGCCAGACCAGAAUCUUCCAUUCUAUCUUUGUAAAGUUCUGGUGCUCUUUUGAGAUAACUGAUGUAUAGUUUGACAUGUAAUGUUUACCCUUUCCUUAUUUCUCGCUCAUCAAUUCCUUUUAUUACGCCAUGGUAAUAAUAAUUCUGGUUAAGAUUGGCCUAAUACUAUCUCUGAUAAACAUUCCACUAUUUGCAACCAAAAUUUUGACAAUCAUCAGCAGCAGAUGUUGCAGAUACAGUAUGUAUCACAUAAUGUUCCUUUGCUUGUGGAAAUUUGAGGUUUUUGAGCUUCGCAUCAUCAGAUUGUUCUGCAUUGUACGUCCUGAUAUCAUAUUAUAAAACUACAGGUACCAUAAGCAAAUGCGUAAGUCUUCUUUUCUUCAGUUCCCUUUAUUUUCUAUUCAGGACUGGUUAUAGCCUGCUGUCAAUUUUUUUAGUACCCCGUGCUUGCUUGUUUUACGAUUACCCUGUAACGAUUAUAACUCAUCUCUGUGUUCAGGGUCAGGCUCGAUGAGGUUCUGCAGCGCUGACGUCAACCUCACCAGAGCCAUUCACUGCCUCUCUUCCCCUGCAGUUUACUGCCGUUCCUUCACCCGUGGAACUUCGCCAGAAAUGUCGGAGAGGAGAAUUGCUGCUGAUCCUCGCCCAGGGCCGCAGUUCCAUGUUUGCCGGUAAUUGUGGCAGCAGAACCCACCAAUGAAUUUUGUUGUUCAUGUAGCCUGCUAUUUCUUAUUUUUCAUGACGAUUGCUUGCUUUAGUUUUGGAUUAUGUCCCUUCAUGUUGUAUCCUCUCUGCAGCCUCAGCGGCUUGGUCCAUGUGUCUUUGCAAGGUACCCAAAGUAAUCACUGCAGUAUUUACUUAUCUAAAAUCGUCAUGCUUUCCUCCUGGUAUGUGACAGUACUUAAUUUACGUGAGGUUGACUAUGGAGAUAAUCCUUGUGCUUCCCAGGGUUGCUUUAGGUGUUAUUUCUUCUGCAUAAUAAUCCUAAUUUCUAAAGAAAAUUUAUUUGAGCGGCUUUAUUGUGUUCCUUUAUGUGAUAUUUACUUCGAUUAGGAUUCUUUCUCCUCUAGAGUUUUCUCUUUUGUGUGAUUAUAAUUCUCGUUGAAGUGUAAAUAAUAAUAUUGAUUUUCAUGCUUUGCCAUCUUUUUCCAUGUUUUACCUGGUUGAUAUGCUUCUGGCCUUUAAUUUUUGAAGUGAGGUAUAUUUAAUUGGACUUUCUGCUGCAUAAUAAUCCUAAAAAAAAUCCAUGUGAGUGCCUUUAUUGUGUUUCUUUUCUGUUACUUACUUUGACAAGGAUGCUCUCUUCUAGACUUUUCUCUUUUAUGUGAUUAUAGUGCUGUUUGAAGUGUAAAUAAUAAUAUUGAUUGAUUUGCUUGCUUUGCCACCCUUUUCCAUGUUUUGCCUGGUUGAUAUGAUUCAGCCGAGGUGAGAUACUAAUUUUUCAGAUUUUGAUGGCAUAUAAUUCUUUAUUUUUAGUUUGCAAGUUCUUUGUCAGUUUUCUUUUGCUAUGAGGUGUGCUCUCUGUCCCUUUGCUUAGUUGCUCUCUGGUGAGGCACCAAAGAUAAUUAGCAGGUCUGUAUGUUAACCAGGAGAACAACCUGAGAUGCACCAAAGAUAAUUGUGUAAUAUGUGAGAUGACUUCAUUUGCGGGUGAAAACAAUGUGCAAUCAGAAGUAAGAGCAUCCCCACUCGUUGGCGCUCCCCACGCCCAAAUCCGGCGAAAUUUUUGUCCGGAUUGGAGGAAGAUUUGGCGUGGGGGGCAGUAUAUUUCCAGUCGUGUGCUCCCCAAGCGACGUUUCUCGGGGAAAAAGAGGACGGCUCGGGGAAUCCGGACGAAAGAGGAGACACGUGGGCGUGGGCGGUUGGUUUAGCUUCAUCCGGAGUCCCCGAGCGCUCCCCGGGGGGCCGGGGAUGGCAUGGGGAGUCCGGACGAAAAUAGGCUCAAAUCCGGACGAAAACGAGGAACCGGGGGCGCGACUGGGCCGAAUUUCGCCGUCCGGAUGAAAAAAAGUGGCCGUGGGGGGCUCUGUGGGGAGACGAGUGGAGAUGCUCUAACAGGCCAUGGUCAUCAUGGCAAAAACAUUGUGGUAUUUAUUGCCACCGAACAAUAUAAAUUAUUGAAAUAUCGCUCCUCUCUGUGUUAUCUAUCUCUCUCAUUCCACCCUUUUGUCUCAUGGACGAGGGCGUGGGUUAUAGGGAACAGAGGAGGGGUGUGAGCCAGGACCGUGCCAAUGUGGCUGUCACCGCCCCCAUGUCCACACCAUCCAUAUCGAUGCUGCCCCAAGGUGGAUAAACGAAGGAGGGCGGGGUAUGGCCGUCACCGCCCUGAUGCGACUGCCUCUGGCACCCUUUGUGACCAGAUGCUCAGAUGAGGUGCUUGCAUUGCCCACAUCACCAUGCCUCCACACCGUCCGCCAUCUUUUUUACUUCGCUUGUCAUGGGGAAUGUGUCUUGCUCAGCUGCUACCACUCGGACUACGUCAACUACAAAGGUGUCAACACGGUGCACAAGAUGGUGCACAAGAUACUUCAUGGAAUGGUCAAAAGAGAAUACCAAGGCCCAAGGGGCAGAGCACUUUUUGUUGUUGCAUACAUGUGAUGAUGCCAGUAUAAUCUGGUUGUCCCAUUUCCUUUUGUAGUGACAUAUUGUAUGAUGUAAGCCUCGCCUUGCACAUAUAAGCAUAUAUGGUAAUCCAGACUGUUCUAAGGUGGAACCAAAAGGUCUCAUGGUGCCUCUACUUGAGAUUACUGCUUAGAUGAAUUCUACAAUUAUUUUCUAUGUAAGCUACUGCAUGAAUUUAUUUGAGAUACAAUUGCUUACCUAUAUUGCUAUAAGU